AGGCUCUCCACAGAGUCAAGCUUCCCACAAGCCCAUCUUCUUGUUUCAUUGAACUUUCUCUGCUCUUAAUAUCUACUACUACCCACAAAAAGCCAUGUUGAAUUCCACGAUUGAGUUGAUCACUCUAGCCGCUUCUAAUUCUCUCGUAGUCUUCUGUUUCUGCAAUUUGAUCAUAGCCGUUUUACUCGUCGGCGGGUCGAAACCCGGCUCGGAAUUCGGUGAUCAAGACUCGUGUGGAAUUCCCACCCCAACAUUUAAUUUUAGAAGCAGAGGAGAUGAAGUAGAAGGAGGACUAGAAACUACACGUUCAGUACCGGACAAACACAAUGCAUUGUCGACAGGCGUUAGCGAGGCUUGUGACCAUGAGAAAGCUACGGUGGAUGAAGUGAAAGAGAAUGUUGAAGACGGAGACGACGACGAUGAGCUGAGGAGAAGAGUUGAAGAGUUCAUCGAUAAGAUCAAUAAGGGUUGGAAGGCAGAGAGGUUGAGGACAUCUCUGUUAGUCUAAUUUCUAAAGACAGUUUUGCAGUAAGAUUUGAGUACUGAGGGUUACCCCUUGUUUUUCUGAUUUUGAAUGCAGCCUUUGGGAUUUGUUGUUGUAGCAAUGAAGUACGUGGUUGUGUGCAAAUAAAUUUUGAAUUUUUUUUUUUUUAUAAAUUAAGAAUUGGAGGUCAAUUACAAUGAACUAAUAUCUUUAUUCUCUCGGC